AUGGAAACCGGAUCAGCUCGUGCAACGCUAGUGAGACAACUUAGACUAUACAUUGAUGAAAACGGUUUCAUACGAUGUUGUGGCAGAAUUCACAAUGCACCGGUAGAUAAACAAACUAAGUUUCCGUACCUGUUACCAGACAAGCACAACUAUACCAGACUACUCAUUCAAGAUACACACGAGAGAUUACUACAUUCCGGCGUAUCAUCUGUCGUUACCCAGUUACGCCAGCUAUACUGGAUACCUUCUAUACGACGUAGCGUCCAGUCUGUAUUGAAGAAAUGUGUAGCUUGUAAGAAAGUCAACGGACGAUCUUACAUGUCCCCAGACGCCCCGCCCUUACAUAAGAUACGAGUUGAAGAUGCAAAGCCAUUCCGUGUAACUGGUAUAGAUUUUUCAGGAGCGCUACACGUACGUGACCGUGACAGUAGAGAAAUGAAGGCAUACGUUUGUUUGUUUACUUGUGCUUCAACCAGAGCAGUACAUCUUGAAUUAGUUCCAGAUAUGACAACAGAUACAUUCAUACAUGCACUAAGGCGGUUUUGCUGCAGACGAUCUGUUCCGGAAGUCAUUAUGUCCGAUAACGCAACGACGUUCCACGCAUCAUCACGUUACGUACAUGAACUAUUUCAAGAUGAGCGAGUACAGCACAACCUUACCACACGCGGCAUAGAAUGGAAAUUCAUUCCAAAGAGAGCUCCCUGGCACGGCGGAUGGUGGGAGCGGUUGAUCGGACUGACCAAGGAAACACUGAAGAAAGUACUUGGACGUUCAUUUGUCACAUACCAGACAUUAAGUACAGUAGUUACUGAGAUAGAAGCGAUUCUUAACGACCGACCGCUAACAUAUGUCACAUCCGAUAGUUCAGACCCAGAGCCGUUAACACCGUCACACCUGAUGUUUGGCAGACGAUUUACCUCCCUUCCGUUUUCACACAACGAUACAGACAAUCUCGAUCCGACCAGUGGUAACCUUAGCAACCACCAGUCUAUUAUUAAACAGGCUCGUAUUCAACAGACGCUGGUCGAACACUUCUAUCAACGUUGGCGCCGGGAGUACCUGACAGGCCUCAGAGAAAAUCAUCAGGCGACAGGGAAUAACUCGCAGACGAUUUCAGUUGGAGAUGUUGUCCAAAUACAUGACGAGACACCGAGAACGCGCUGGAGACUAGCCGUGGUACAACAACUAAUCCCUGGUAAAGACGGACUAUUUCGCUCAGCUGUUGUCAAGACGUCCACAGGAGUAACUAACAGACCACUCGUGAAGCUGUUCCCAUUAGAAGUGAGACAAGAAAACACAUAA